AUGCCCGUCAUCUCUCGUCUGGCGUCCAUCAUCCUCCGCGUGGCAGAAAUAGCGUUUGCAGCUGUCGUCGCAGGCAUCAUCGGACACUACCUUUCCCAGGUCCACCACAGCAACGUAGAUGUCGACUGGUGGGGCCAGUCACGAUGGAUCUACACUGAAGUAAUCGCCGGUUUAUCCAUACUGCUAGGACUGAUAUGGCUGAUCCCGUUCUCCUCCGGCUUCUUCUCCUGGCCCCUGGAUAUCAUUAUCUCGCUGGCUUGGUUUGCUGCGUUCGGUGUGCUUGUCGACACUAUUCGUCACCUGCCGUGCGGCAGCAUCUGGCAUUGGCGCUUCAGGGGAGAGUCCAUGUGUGGUCGCUGGAAGGCAGCUGAGGCUUUCAGCUUCCUCUCUGCUAUCCUCUGGCUUGUCUCCGCCAUCGUGGGUAUCUGGUUUACUUUCCGGGUCCGUCACAACACCGUCGAUGGAACUCGCCGCCGUCGCUGGGGCCGUUCUGCUGUCUAA